GUGACGAUUAGACCCGAAUGGACCCAAGAGCCGGUCAAAAACCCUGCCGUAAACCCUCUUCACCGAGUCCUCAAAAGCCCUGCUCUUCACCCUCUUCACCGAGUCAUAAAAAACCCUGCUCUAAACACUCUUCGCUGAGUCCUCUAUAAGGUUACUCGGUAGAAAUAAAGGCGAAGUUUAACAAAAUGAGAUUGGCAAUGAGCAGUUUGGUGUCCUCAACUACUUCAACUCGUUCAGCUUUUCUUCUCCGCCGCUUCAUGGCCACCUUGCAAUACAGGACUCUUCACUCUUCGUUUGGCUUUGGAAAUAAAUACAAUAAAUGUUGUCUUCUCAAAUGCUUAAACACUUGGCAAAGUUUUCAUCUUUUCAGAAGUCUACCCGGGGCCUGUCGCUUUAAUUCUAGAUAUAUUUCCAGUUUUUUGCCUUUAGAUCGCGGUAUCAAAUUGGCUUCACUCAAUUCUAUACUCUUUCCUAGAAGGUACUUUUUUUAUGUAUCAAAAGCAGCCAAUGAAGAAAAGAGAGGGAAUAGCUUCCCCUUCAAAUUUAAAAAAAGUUGGAUACAGACUAAGGCGUUGGCUUCUGCACGUAAGAACCAAGAUGUUAAUAUGGUGACUUCAGCAAGUGAACAGCUGGUUCAAGAUGCCAAGGAAGGAGUGACGCAAAAAUCUAAAGUUAAUAAUAAAACAAAGCAACCCUCCAGAAGUAAGAAAAGCAAGGAAAAACUUUCUGCUGCUACUGCAUCAGAACAAGCUACAGUGGAAAAGAGUCCCACCCUGGCUUCAAAGAAGACUUCAACUGGGAUCACCACUGUGGAAACCCUUGAUAGUUCUGUUUCAACAAAACAGCAGUCCAACAAGAAAAGUGAGAACUCUAGUAGAAAGGGGAAAUGUUCGAAGGUAGCCUCGCAGAAACAGAAACUGGAGAAAGUAAUCAUAAAGAAGCAUCAAGGACAAAAAAAGUUGAAGCCGCUAUACCCCCCAAUUGGGAAAUCUGUUGUGGUGGUUGAGUCUGUUACAAAGGCAAAGGUCUUUCAGGGCUACCUCGGUGAUAUGUAUGAAGUCUUGCCCAGCUAUGGUCAUAUCAGGGACUUGGCUGCAAGGUCGGGAUCUGUGCGACCUGAUGAUGACUUCAGUAUGGUAUGGGAAGUCUCACUUGCUGCGUGGACUCAUCUGCAAAGCAUCAGGAUGGCUUUGAAUGGAGCAGAAAGUAUUAUUCUUGCCUCAGAUCCUGAUUGUGAAGGAGAGGCAAUUGCUUGGCACAUCACUGAGAUGUUGCAACAACAGGAGGCUUUAAGUGAAAAUAUAACUGUAGCAAGGGUUGUCUUUCAUGAAAUAACUGAAGCUUCCAUCAAAAGUGCCUUGCAAGCUCCAAGAGAAGUGGAUGUAAAUUUGGUUCAUUCAUACCUUGCCCGACGAGCUCUUGAUUAUUUGAUUGGAUUUAAUAUUUCACCAUUAUUAUGGAGGAAACUACCUGGUUGCCAGUCAGCUGGUAGAGUCCAGUCUGCUGCCCUGUCUCUUAUAUGUGACAGAGAAUUAGAAAUUGAUGAAUUUAAGCCACAAGAGUAUUGGACUGUUGAGGUUGAGUUGAACAAACAAGAGCCAAAUUCUUCAGCGGACACCUUUUGUUUUCCAGCUCACCUUACCCAUUUCAAAUCAAAAAAGUUAAAUCAGUACUCAAUUAGCUCUCAUACAAAGGCAAAGGAUAUUGAACAAAAGAUAAAUACAAUAGAUCUUCAAGUCAUUGGUUCUAAGAAAAGCACGAUGAGGAAAAAUCCUCCCACCCCAUAUAUAACAUCAACUCUUCAAGAAGACGCUGCAAACAUAUUGCAUUUUUCUGCAUCAUACACAAUGAAGCUCGCACAAAAACUUUAUGAAGGGGUUCAGUUAUCAGAGGGGAAGGCAGCUGGUCUGAUAACUUACAUGAGAACAGACAGACUACGUAUUUCUGAUGAAGCUGUUCGGGAUAUCCGCUCGUUGCUCAUUGAAAGGUAUGGAUCAGAUUAUGCAUCAGAAAGUCCUCAAAAAUAUUUUAAAAUGGUGAAGAAUGCUCAAGAGGCUCAUGAAGCUAUUAGGCCCACUGAUAUGCGGAGGUUACCCGCUAUGCUCACUGGAAUUCUAGAUGAGGAUUCCUUGAAGUUGUACACUCUUAUUUGGUCUCGAACAAUGGCAUGUCAAAUGGAACCUGCAAUCAUUGGGCAGAUACAACUGGACAUCGGUGAUACUACUGAGUCCAUUGUAUUUCGUUCUUCAUGCUCAAAAGUAGAAUUUCUUGGAUUCCAAGCUGUUUAUGAGGAUGCUAAUGCUGGAGCUAUCAAAUAUAAGGAAAAUGAAGAAAAAGAUCGUGAUGAAGCUUUUGAAAUUCUCAAUUCACUGAAGUCAGGGGAGCCAUUGUCUCUUGGUCAAGUGGAACUCAAGCAACAUCAUAGCCAGCCUCCACCACGCUACUCAGAAGGAUCACUGGUCAAGAAGCUGGAAGAGCUUGGGAUUGGAAGACCUUCUACAUAUGCCUCUACAUUAAAAGUUUUACAGGAUAGGAAAUAUGUGACAGUGAAAAGCCAUGUAUUGUAUCCUGAAUUUCGUGGUCGUAUGGUGUCAGCAUUUCUCUCUCACCACUUCUCGGAGGUUACAAACUACAGUUUUACUGCUGAUACGGAAACUGAGCUUGAUAAUGUUUCUGCUGGCGUAACUGAAUGGAAAGGCCUCCUUAAGGAUUAUUGGACAAGAUUCAAUUCAUAUUGUACCCGUGCUCAAAGGGUACAUAUUCAUCAAGUGGAGGAGAUGUUGGGGAAAACAUUUGGGGACUUUUUGUUUGCUUCCAUCCCCAAUAAAGACAGGGCUUGUCCAAGUUGUGGUGAGGGCACUUUGAUUUUCAGAGUAAGUAGAUUUGGUGCAGGAUAUUUUAUAGGCUGUAAUCAACACCCAAAAUGCAAAUAUAUUGCCAAGACACUAUAUGGUGACGAGGAUGAAGAAGAAGAUGCUCCUGAAAAAAGCAGUAGUGUAGAGGAGCCAAGAUUGAUAGGUCUACAUCCAGGUUCACAUGAAAAGGUUCUUUUGAAGAGUGGCCCUUAUGGAUUCUAUGUACAGCUUGGUGAAGAUAGGAUGGAUUAUGCGCCUAAAAGGGUCAAUGCUUCCCACAUUAAGGAUAUGGACUCUAUCACCCUUGAAGACGCUCUGGAGUUGCUGCGUUUCCCUUUGACAUUAGGAAACCAUCCAAAGGAUGGGCAUCCAGUAAUAUUAAGGCAUGGCAAUACUGGAUUUACUGUUAGACAUCGAGGCGCUCUUGUGCAUGUUCCAAAGAACAUGAAUCCGAGGGAUGUCACUCUUGAGAAGGCAUUGAAAUUUUUGUCAGGUAAAGAUGUAAAACUAAUGGGCCGGCGUAAGCUGAAAGUUGAAGAACCUGUGGAGGCCAUGUAGCUUAGUGAAUAGGAGGGUGCAAGGUUAUCUAGCUACCAUUCAUUACAGGUGAGUGUGUGUUUAUAACAUCACAUCGACAGCUGAAAUCAGGGAUUUAUAGGAGCAGAGCAUCUGCAUGCAUUUGGGUAUCAUCGGAUUUUUUUAUGACUAGAGCCCGAUAAGGUGUGAAUAAUUGCUACUGCAAUGAUCAAUUUUGUUGUAGUUAAUCUCCAUUUUGACGGUGUAUAUAUAUAUAUAUGUUGGCACCGUUUAUCAAUGAUGCUAGGGGUCAACUAAUUUUCUUGUACUGAGGGAACAUACUCAUAAAAUAUUGUGAGGCUGUAAUUCGUUUAUUUUAUUAACGGUUGCCUUCAAUAAAUCUCUUGGGAAUUUAUGUGCA